AUGGCUGCAGCAACGCUCGACGAACUCGACGCCCAACUACGCGCCAUCAUCAGCAACCUCUACCUCCUCAUCGUCCAAGCACAUGACUACCAAGGCCAAGGAACCCAGCAGGCGAUGAGCGCCGAGAUACGAGAUCUCGUCCACAACCUCACAGCCAUCUCGCAAACCGCCAAGCGCCUCCCCACGCACAUUCCAGAGGAAAUCAUCCAGUACGUCGAAGCCUCGCGGAACCCGGACAUCUACACGCGAGAGUUCGUCGAGUUGGUGAUGCGCUUCAACCAGCAGCACAAGGGACGCAGCGAGGCCUUUGCGCAGUUCCGCGACAUCCUGGGCCAGAGGAUGAUGGCGGGGAUUCCGGAGAUUCGGGGCGAAGUCAAGCAGGUCGUCGAGGCUAGUGGAGGGCGUGUGGAGUGA